CAAUCCAAUACAAUCUCCAUGCCUUGAAUGUUCAUAUUACUCACUUUUUGGCCAAUUUUCGGCGAACAUCUCUAAAAAAAAACAACGUUGGCGUUUGGUAGUGAGUAAAGAAUCUGUGAGAAAAGCAGCGUUUUCAUGCGACAUUCCCGACAACCUUUUGUUGAACAGCCUGGCAAAGUUAACCCGGUUGUAGCAAAGCCACUACCACUAAAGCCUCACUCCGAUGACGAUACCACGCUGCCCACGCCUGGGUCUGCUGGAGACGCUGGCUCUGAUGAUGCUGAUGUCGAGCACGGUGACGUCGAUGAUGGAGGAGAAGCUGUCGGGUCUGCCGGACCUUCCCGAGCCGGUCGAUACGGCCACCAACCAGCCGGCGCCGCCAACUCCCAAACAGACGGAGAGCAAGGCCGGACCCAUACUGAUCAAAGACCAAGGCAUAAUGCCUCUUCACAAGGACGACAUGGUCCUGACGUUUUAUCUGACGGUGCUGAACAACGGCGGUGGACCGCUGGAGCUGCGAGCGGAAAUGAAACUCUGCUGUCAGCAUUUUUCAGUGCAGGACGCCGAGUGCGAGUCGAUGGUGCUGAUCGGUGGCUACAUGGGCAUCCUGACUCCGGGUCACACCACCAACAUCACGCUGCUGUACCCGAACCUCUACAUCUACAACCGCGUGGGCGAGUGCGAGAUCACCAUCCGCUACAACGAUCACUCGUUCCAGCACACUGUCCAGUUCAACACGACGGUGAGCCGCUACGGCCCCGUCUCGGCCGUCAUGGAGGACUACUACUCCCCGUACGAUGUCAGCAGCUGUGUGUCGGUCGACCAGGACCCGCUGAACGGCUGCGCCGCCGUCAACUGCUUCCACAAGUACAACGGCCACCGCAACUACUUCAACCCGUCCAAGCUGCGCUGCACGCCGGUGCCGCGCUGCGACUCGGCCAAGCCGCAGAACCCGGGAGCUCUGCCGACGAUGGCCUACGUCCCGGAGAGUAACCAGUGCCGGCAGCUGAUGUCCGCCCUCACAGAGGAGGACCUUCAGUUCUUUCACGACUCCGCCAAGGGAGAGGUGCUCCGCUUCGAUAAGAACCGGCCGCAGAAGGUGGAGUGUCAUCACGGCCGGCCCGACGACGACCUCUGGUGCGUCUGCGACCGCGGCUGGAUGUCCUCUCACCUGGACCGCGCCUCCGCGCAGGCGCCGCCUCCCGUCUACCACAUGUGCAACAUCAAGGUGGUGCGUCCGGCCGACGAGCUGGCGCAGAACCGCGCCGCCUCCAACUGGCUCUUCACCCUCGCCAUCGGCUCUGUGAUUGUCGGCGUGGUGUGUAUCGCUCUCAGCCUCUACUGCGUCCAGUGGUGGAUGGACCGCCGGCACCGCAGCGCCAAGGCGACCUCAGAGGAGCUGGCGCCGCUCACCGGCACUGCCGACUCGCUCUCCCCUCGUGGAGAGGACACCGGGCGCUCCUCAGGCGCCUCCGACCUCUCUCGGCGCCGGCCGACCGGGUUCGAGCCGCGAGCCAGUCCCAGUGUGACCCGCAGAGUGUCGGCCGAUGGAGCGAAGAGCGUCCGGAUCGCCUCCCAGCCGACUGUGUAUGAGAGGGAGGACACGCUGACGCCCUCGAAUUUGACGCAGAGUGGCACGCAGUAGGUGGACGUUGUAAUGGGAAUAGUGAGGGGCAGAGGUGGUUGUGGAAAUGGCUUGUUUGUGCUAGGCUCUUGUUGUGUUUAUGUGAUUAGUUGGCCUUCUUCUUUUACUCGCAACUGCUGAUUUGUCUGAAAUGUUACGGAGUAUUUUAGCUGCGAACAACUACACUGGAAAUGACAGAAACAGGUGGGCAAUGUGCUCGGUGUGUUGUGCAGGUGGUAUUUCAGACUGUUUUGCAAGUUUGAUAGCUGUUUGAUGUUGAAUAGCGUGUACUAAUUUAAUUGCUUUGCUGUGUUUCGUCCCUGUUGCAUAAUAAAAUGCACAUUGCACAUUUCACUGUUUCCCUAAAUUUAUCAAUAUAAAUGUAAAGGCAUAGGCUAUUGAAGUCUUAAUUUAUGCAAAGUUUUCGUGUGUGCAUCAAGUUUUGUGGUGAUGGUCACUGAUGAAUCUCUUGACCCAUUUGCUGCGUCGGUAUUAGGCGAUCAUUAUUCACUCAUUAUUGUGGUUUUGAUUCAGAAAACGAUCACCAUCUGGCUGAUACGGCCCCCACCAUCGCUCCUCUGUUUACUGUCUCGGUUGGCUCCGCUCAUGUUUGUGACGACUUACCGUUCUGUUUUGCUCUAAUCGCCACACCAUCACACCUGGAACGGAACGGGGUCAACGAGGUCCGACGUACCAACGAUGCCAGAUGCCUGGCAACACUCAGCACCGCUGUGCAGGUGCACGCCAAAUCACCUCGUUUUAGUCGAUUUUACUUGGCCGGCUGUCAUUUUCAUGAUGCUACUGGGGAGUGUGAAGGCUCCAAAUGUCCAAUGUCGUGCAAGGAGGUUGGUCGAUAUGAGGGAAUGUGCACCAAA